UUUGAACGAGAAGCUAAGUCCAAACAGGAGAAGAACGCAGAGAUCAAGAAGCUGACUGCUGAAAUAGGGACCCUCAAAAGCGAAAUUGUCAAGUUUGAAGAAAUCCUUGGUGGACUACAGGAGAUACAAGAGCUUCUGUUCAAGCUGUCCCCUCCUGAGUGGCAGGAGGCCCAGAGGGCUAAGACUGUGAAAGUUAAAAAGAAGGAGUCGAGGGAGUCUGCUAUUGCAAAUGAUUUGGAGAGCAAGGUGUCCAGUCCAGGUAAGGAGCAGUCCUCCAUCAGAGAGACCAGGCUGUCUUCAGUCCACAGCAACACACUGAACACAAACUCUGAACCAGGCGGCAACUGCUCAGAGUAUGAGGAUGAGCCAGAACUGUACUUCUCUGAUCCCCAACAACUUCUAGAUUUGGUGAAUGAGCUGACAGAGCAGAACUUGUCCCUGAUUCAGAACUCCACACGGUUGGAGGAGAUGGUGGAGGAGCUGCAACAGUCCAUGGUGAUGGCCAGGAAGACGAUUGAAAAGGAUGAAGAGCAGUUGACACGACAGAUAACUGACAUUAACCAGAGAAUCGUUAAAGAGAAGGCAAGAGGUAACAGGCUCAAACAGAAGGUUCAGCUCCACGUCUCAUUAAACACUGAGGACCAGGACAUGCUGCUCGAUAAUCUUGGAGAAAAGGUGGCAGAGGUGCAUCGCAGCUGUGUGAACGACAGAAUGACCAACCUCAGCACCUUGGAGAAGCUGGCCAGUAUUGAGAACCACCUGUCUCUGCUGCUGCAGAGCCUUGAGAGCAUCCCAGAGGAAAGCUUGGUGAUGAUGAAGAAGAUAAAGGACAGUGAGAGGAGGAGCAGGGAGCGUGAAGAAAAGCUGAGAGAGCAGAGAGAGAAACAGAAAGAGAGGAUGAGAAGGUAUUUGGAGCGAUCCCUGGCUGACUCCAAGAAAAUAAGUGGGAGGAAGCUCAUGCCCAGAUGUAUGCCUGUUGUCCAGAAAGUCAGAGUCAGGAAUGUGGAAAAAAUCCCUGCUGAGGACGAGCUGCAUGCUUACCUCUUUACUUCUGAGGACACGGAGUAAAAUGUCUCUGACUCAGCAGUUGAGGAGACACAAUAUUACCCACUACAAAGCAAAUGAUCAUAGCAUAUGUUUAUCUUUUAUAAAACGAAAUUUGGCCAGCCUCAGUAGCAUGUCAUUCGUUUUUGGUGUCAUAGAUAUUUGUUAAAUAAUCUCUUUCUCAGGUGGUGGAGUGAAAGCUUCUGAUGUUGAACAAUGUAAUUUCAUUGAUUUUUGUAAAAUUGAUAACUAGUAGAAUGGUUUUAUAAAACUGUAAGCAGAAAAAACGACCAAAACAUUCAAACAAUGUAUGUCUCAAUUUAAAGACAAAAAAAGUCACACAAAGAGGAAACAAAAACUAGAAGAAGGUCCACUCAUUAUCUCUUGAUACAACAAAUGUGCCCAUGUGUUUAUUUUGCUUGAUUUUUUUUAAAUAUUCCAGUGUUUUUGUUUGAGACACUUAUAAUACAUAUUACUCGAGCCCCUUGUAGAUAAAACUUAACCAACAACAACAGCAAAACACCCAUCACUUCCUGUUUUUUUAGUUAACCCUUAUCUUUUGCUGAUUCACAUUUUACAUAUGUUCUCAUUAUUAAUGUUUGUCAUCACCAGACUUUUCUGUCUUGUGCUUUUUAAUUUGACUUUUUGUCAUUUUAAUGCUAUCAGUGGUCACAUGAUCACCAAUUAUAUUUGUUUCAGCGCAAACUCAGGGGAAAGAUUUUAAAGUGCUCAGUGAUCAUUCAACUCCUCUAAAUA